AUGGGCUCGGGGGGUACGCUGAAGUUCGCCCUGUGCGAGGUGCUGCAGUUUGCAGGCCUGUGCGUGCCGCUCUUCAUCGUCAUGCAGAGGUUCGCCGUCAUUGUGGCGAGGGUGAAAGCCUCGGCGCAGCCCCCUGGAGACGGCAGCACGGCCUACUGGUUGAUCGUGGCGUCCUCCAUCGCCUACGUCACCUCCACUGCCCUGCUGGUCUGGGUGCCCCUCAAGUACAUGGUCUUCGUGAAAAAGAAGUUUCUCAUUGGAAGGAAGAAGUGGAGGCCUGUUGCCCUUGUAUAUGUGGUCCUGUCCACAUUGCCCUGCUUUGCCUUCCUUAUCGCCAGCUCUGAGGUCCAGAUAAAUAACAACAUGCAAUAUGAUAUGUUCACGGAGCUCCCUGUGUCACUGGUCCUCUUCUCUCUCAUCUGUAUUGACGUUGUGGAGAGGAUACGCCACUGCAGACUGACGGGCCAGGCUAAUGACAUGGAGAGAGAUGCUGACAUUCCCUCCUCUGUCCUCACACAUGUGGAGCAGGUAACACCAGUGACACCUAUCUCUCCAGCUGUGCCGGGGCCAGCUGCACCUGGGCAAGGUGUUUCCACUCCUCAUCAGCCAGGGGCAAACCAGCUCGGUGACAGGAACCAGAACGGAGCAGGCACUCGACCAGAGACUAACGGGAUACCAGGCAAUCCUGGGAGACCAUUUAGUAUCUCUGGAUUAAGCUCACCAUCAGUGAGCAGCACAGCGUACCGCAUGUCUCCAUACACCUACACAGGCCCACUGAGGUUCCUGAGUGCCAGUGACGCCCGAGCGGACGUGUUCGUGGACAGUUUUGUGUUCUGGUUGGAUACAGUGGAGAUGGUGCGGGUGGCAGGACACCCCCUGGUCUACCACUCAGGCUGGGUGUUCCCCAUCUAUAUCUUCAGCUACCUGUCCUGCUUGCGUGUGGUGGUCAUGCCCCACAGCCCCUUGCUUUCCUCACUAGGAGUGGCUCUGCAGGACUUGCCCUUUUUCUUUGUGCGUGUCGGCCUCAUUGCCUUCUUUGGCUUCGUCACACCCAUCCUCUAUCUGAUGAAGAACUUGUUGGUGUGCCUGGCCUUUGUCUACUUCAACUUCAUGACCAAGCUGAGGGUCUUCAACACAGAGAGAAUGUUCUUUUAAAACCAACAUAAAGACAGUGCAACACAUAGUAGAGACAAUAUGUUGGCAUGAUAGACUGCAGAUAAACACAGACAACGUAUCUCCACUUCCUCCUUGACGAAAUAUUCCAGUUCAAACGCUGCCUUCUUGCACACCCUGUGAAAAUAAUCCAUUAACUAAAUCAAAACUGUUUGCACCACAAUAAAGUUCUUACAUUGAGAAAUGUUGAUCAUUUUUUAGCCAAUCUCAUUUCUGAACUUACAACCUGAAGCAGUAAAUCACCACUUUGAAACUUUGACUGGCAAUUUGCAACUUCCAGAACUUUACAAAAACUUGGACCAGUAUAGUCUAUGAUAAAGAAUAGUACAAAUGACGUAAACAAAAAGCGUCCUAACUAAAUGUAAAUAUUCGCUUAAAGACACAUCACACUGGAAAUUAGUUGCACUGCUCAAUAGCGAUUAAUUGUUAGCCUGUCUGUAAGAUACAGCUUCCAUAGCUAAGUGAAUCAAUUAACUCUUGAUGAAAUACUUUUAAACUAUAAGAACAGAGGAGAGACUUAAAUCAAACUCAAUAAUGAGUCUUAUUAUAACUGGUGCAACUAAACCAAUAUGUGAAAUUGUGAAUGCUAAACAAAAUAUCUUCCCUAAAUGCAUCAUGGUAGUUUACACAGGCCAAAACUGAGGCAUUAGACAUUAUGUGUAUGACUGUUUUGUGUUUACCCCUUAAAACCCCUCACCCGCGGCAUGUUAGUCGUCCUGUAAUGUCACUCGAGAUGUUUGACAGACUUUUUUCUACCAUCAUAAAGUGCAGUGAAUAUGUGAAAGCAUAUAUCCAUGUUUUUUUAUUAUAGGUUUUUCUCUGAUAAGUUAUUUUCCAAAAAAGAAAAACAAAGUGUGAGAUUGUAUCGUUGAUACGUAUAUUUUGGUAAGGUAAA